AUGGAUCGCCGUUGCAUUUAUUAUCGCUUACCAUUGCUUGAGUCGGGUACAAUGGGUACCAAAGGCAAUACCCAAGUGAUUUAUCCUCAUCUAACCGAAUCCUACAGCUCAUCGGCUGACCCGGUUGAUAAAGAAAUUCCAAUUUGCACGCUAAAGAAUUUCCCGAAUGAAAUACAUCACACUAUACAGUGGGCACGAGAUUUGUUCGAAGGCUUUUUCACGAACCCAGCGGAGACUGUAAAUCAGUAUCUGAGUGAUGAAAGAGGCUUCUUGCAACGCCUAGAACAGAUGAAUGUCGGCCAGCGGGUGCAUAUUUUGACACAGAUCGAGAGAGCACUGAUACAGGAACGACCGAGCGGUCCGGAAGAUUGCAUCAAAUGGGCUCGACUCAAUUUUCAGGAAUAUUUUCACAAUGCAAUUGCGCAACUGUUACACAUGUUCCCGGAGGACCAGGUGACCGAUUUGGGGAUGAAGUUCUGGUCAGGCAGCAAACGGUGCCCACAUGUCCUCGAAUUCAACCCACAAAAACCUGAGCACUUCAAUUUUGUUUGGUCAGCUUCAAUUUUGCGAGCACAACUCUACAACAUUACUCCAAUAAUGAACAAGAAGAAGUUUUUGGCGGUUCUCAGCGAGGUUGAGGUGCCGGAGUUCAAGCCAAGAUCAAAUGUGAAGAUUGCCGUAACGGAGUCGGAAGCAAAACAGCUGGAGAAAUCUGAUGAUGAUGAUUGCGAUGCGCAGUUACAAUCUGUUAUGGUGACUCUGGCAAAAAUGAACAAGAAAACAGUGCAGCGCCUGAAUGCAAUAGAUUUUGAGAAGGACGACGACACCAAUCAUCACAUGGAAUUCAUCACCGCUGCAUCGAAUCUGCGUGCUGAAAAUUACUCAAUUGCACCAGCCGAUCGUCUGAAGACAAAACAAAUUGCUGGUAACAUCAUUCCGGCAAUAGCAACAACGACAGCCGCUAUAGCAGGCCUGGUCACAAUUGAGCUGUGCAAAAUCAUCGGUGAUGGACAGAAUUUGCCAAGUGUUCCGUCGGCACGCUUCAAAAAUGGUUUCAUGAAUCUAGCGUUGCCAUUUUUCGCAUUUUCCGAGCCAGUUGCAGCGCCAAAGAAGAAGGUAAUCUCCGCAAAGUGUGGAAAUGGUUACUUUACACUAUGGGAUCGACUUGAAGUGCAAGGACCCAAGAAAAUGAAGGAAUUGCUUCAGCUAAUUAAGGAAGAAUACAAUUUACAGGAAGAGACGGGAUUCGAUGUGUCCAUGGUAUCAUGUGGUGUAUCGCUUGUGUAUAGCUUCUUUUUGAGUAAUGAAAAGAAACUUGAGCGUUUGGAGCAAGACAUGAAAGACGUGGUGGAAGAAGUGACAAGGAAGAAAAUUCCGGAUUAUGUGCGUUCAAUAGUGCUGGAUGUUAUUGCGAACAACAAGGAUGAUGAGGACGUAGAAAUUCCAUAUAUCAAAUUCAAUCUCAGAUAA